UUGAAAGAAAAUGGUUGGUAGUAUUGAAGUGAAAAGUGGUAAUAGUGUGUACUCAAAUGGGAGUGUACACAACCACAAUGGUCCAGAGGAGAAACUUGAUGAGCUUAGGCAUAUUCUUGGUAAAUCUGAUGGUGAUUUGUUGAGGAUAGUUUGUGUUGGAGCUGGUGCUUGGGGCAGUGUUUUUGCAGCUUUGUUGCAAGAUAGUUAUGGUCAAUUUCGCGAUAAGGUUCAAAUUAGGAUAUGGAGAAGGUCAGGGAGGGCUGUUGAUAGAGCCACAGCAGAACAUUUAUUUGAAGUGAUCAAUUCAAGGGAGGAUGUGUUGAGGAGGUUGAUAAGGAGAUGUGCAUAUCUCAAAUACGUCGAGGCUAGAUUAGGCGAUCGGACAUUGUAUGCUGAUGAAAUCUUGAAAGAUGGUUUCUGCUUAAACAUGAUUGAUACACCAUUUUGUCCAUUGAAAGUUGUGACCAACUUGCAAGAAGCUGUGUGGGAUGCUGAUCUUGUGAUUAACGGAUUGCCCUCGACUGAAACACGCGAAGUCUUUAAGGAGAUCAGCAAGUAUUGGAAGGAAAGAUUAACUGUACCGAUCAUCAUUUCAUUGGCAAAGGGUAUAGAGGCUGAACUAGAUCCAGUUCCUCAUAUUAUUACUCCUACACAGAUGAUUAAUCGGGCAACUGGAGUACCAGUUGAGAAUAUCCUUUAUCUUGGUGGACCAAAUAUUGCAUCGGAGAUUUACAACAAAGAAUAUGCUAAUGCUAGGAUUUGUGGAUCAGAAAAAUGGAGAAAACCACUUGCAAAGUUCCUAAGGCAACCUCAUUUUAUUGUAUGGGACAACAGCGACCUUGUAACUCACGAAGUCAUGGGAGGUUUGAAGAACGUCUACGCCAUUGGAGCUGGGAUGGUAGCUGCACUAACAAAUGAGAGUGCUACCAGCAAAUCAGUAUAUUUUGCACAUUGUACAUCAGAGAUGAUAUUCAUCACGUAUUUACUGACUGAAGAACCAGAAAGGCUUGCAGGGCCUCUUCUAGCUGAUACAUAUGUUACAUUGUUGAAAGGUCGUAACUCCUGGUAUGGUCAAAUGAUAGCUAAGGGAGAACUGAGUCUCGAUAUGGGUGAUAGCAUUAGUGGCAAAGGAACAAUCCAGGGAGUUUCUGCUGUCGAAGCAUUCUAUGAACUUCUAAGUCAGUCAAGUUUGAAUGUGUUACAUCCCGGAGAUAAUAAGCCGGUUGCCCCAGUUGAGCUGUGCCCCAUCUUGAAGACUUUAUACAGGAUACUCAUAAAAAGAGAACAAGGGCCAAUGGCUAUUCUUCAGGCACUGAGGGAUGAAAACUUGAACGAUCCGCGCGAUCGGAUUGAGAUUGCACAAAGCCAUGCUUUUUACAGGCCUUCACUUCUUGGACAACCUUGAUCAACAAUUUAUGCACAACAUUUUUAGUAUUUAAAACAAUGAAUAAGUGUAUAGAGUGAUUCAAAUUGGAUGGAUUGUUUUAUGUGGUGAAGAAAACAUACAUUUCAUACUCAAAUUUGUAUUGAUGAACAUGCUUAACAUAUGGUCCUAUUUUCUUGAUAUUCAUUUGAACUUGAAGCCU